UGUGGAAAGAUUCAAACAGCUGCUCCGUUCGAUGGCUCCAUGGUCACCUGUGUGUCUUUUCAGUGCUUCACAAUGUUGCUCUCAUUGGCAGGCUUCGCCCCGGAGCCCGGCAUGAACGGGUACGCGGAGUUCCCCUCCAGACCCACCGACCCCACCCGGGGGCCCACAGAGCCCCAGCCCGGCCAGGCCCCGCUCCAGGACGACGUGGACAUGAGCAGCGGCUCCAGCGGAAACGAGGCCAAUGAGAACUGCUCCACCGGGCGGGACUCGCGGGGCAGCGACUGUGACGACGGUGGGAAGGAGCUGGGGAUGCUGGUGGAGCCGCCGGCUGCCCACCAGAGUCCAAAUGCCUUCAGCCUGAUGAUGGCCAAGUCUGAACACAACCCAUCCACAAGUGGUUGCAGUAGUGACCAGUCUGCCAAAGCAGACGCACACAAGGAACUGAUACAGACGCUGAAGGAGCUGAAGGUCCACCUCCCUGCAGACAAGAAGGCCACGGGGAAGGCCAGCACGCUGGCAACCCUCAAGUACGCCCUGAAGAGCGUGAAGCAAGUGAAAGCUAAUGAAGAAUAUUACCAGCUGCUGAUGUCCAGCGAGAGCCACCCCUGCGGACCGGACGUGCCCUCCUACUCCGUGGAGGAGAUGGAGAGUGUGACCUCCGAGCACAUCGGCAAGAACGUGGAUAUGUUUGCCGUGGCUGUGUCCCUGGUGACUGGGAAAAUGCUGUACGUGUCUGACCAAGUCACGUCCAUAUUUCACUGUAAGAGAGACACCUUCAGCGACGCCAAGUUCGUGGAGUUCCUGGCGCCUCACGACGUCAGCGUGUUCCACAGCUUCACCACGCCCUGCAAGCUCCCCGCGUGGGGCGCGUGCGGCAGAGCAGAUUCUUUUGCUCAAGAAUGCAUGGAGGAAAAAUCUUUCUUUUGCCGUGUCAGCGUUGGCAAGAACCACGAGAAUGAGAUUCGCUACCACCCGUUCCGCAUGACGCCUUACCUGGCCAAGGUGUGGGACCGGCAAGGUGCAGAGAGCCAGCUCUGCUGCCUCCUGCUGGCAGAGAGAGUGCACUCCGGCUAUGAAGCCCCUAGAAUUCCUCCUGAAAAGAGAAUUUUUACAACCACCCACACACCGAAUUGUUUGUUCCAGGACAUAGAUGAAAGGGCGGUGCCCCUCCUUGGCUACCUACCUCAGGACCUGAUCGAGACCCCGGUGCUCCUGCAGCUUCACCCCAGUGACAGGCCCCUGAUGCUGGCUGUGCACAAAAGGAUCCUGCAGUCCGGCGGGCAGCCUUUUGACUACUCCCCCAUCCGGUUCCGUGCGCGGAAUGGAGAGUACAUCACGCUGGACACCAGCUGGUCCAGCUUCAUCAACCCGUGGAGCAGGAAGAUCGCCUUCAUCAUCGGGAGACACAAAGUCAGGGUGGGGCCUUUGAACGAGGACGUGUUCACAGCCCACCCAUGCGCAGAGGAGCAGGCCCCCAGCCCCAGCAUUCAGGAGCUCACGGAGCAGAUCCACCGGCUGCUGCUGCAGCCCGUCCCCCACAGCGGCUCCAGUGGCUACGGGAGUCUGGGCAGCAACGGGUCCCACGAGCACCUCAUGAGCCAGACGUCCUCCAGCGACAGCAACGGCCACGAGGACUCUCGCCGGAGGAGAUCGGAAACUUGUAAAAGUGGCGGCAAGACCAAACCCAAAAGUCGUUAUUCUCAUGAACCUGGAGAGCAAAAGGAAAACUCUGUUUCAGAAAUGCAAAGUAGUCCCCCGGCUCAGAUGAAAGCCGUGCCUGCCACAGAAAAGCACAGCUCUGGGGCCAGCGUCUCCAAGGCCAGCUCCCCCGAGGAACUGGCCUGCAAGAGCCAGCCCGCCUGCUCCUACCAGCAGAUCAGCUGCUUGGACAGCGUCAUCAGGUACUUGGAGAGCUGCAGCGAGGCCGCCACCCUGAAGCGGAAGUGCGAGUUCCCAGCAAACAUCCCGGCGCUGAGGUCCAGCGAUAAGCGAAAGGCCAUGGUCAGCCCCGGGCUGCCCGCCAGAGAGGCAGCGUCGCCCCCCACAGUGAACAGCCACGCGGAAGUCAGCACUCGUCUGACCUCACUGACGUUGCCCGGCAAGGCCGAGAGCGUGGUGUCCCUCACCAGCCAGUGCAGCUACAGCAGCACCAUCGUUCACGUGGGGGACAAAAAGCCACAACCGGAGUUAGAGAUGGUGGAAGACGCCGUGAGCGGGCCUGAUUCCCUGGACUGCCUGGCAGCUGCCGCCCUGCCCUGUGGCCUCGGCCAGGAGAAGGAGCCCUUCCGGAAGCUUGGCCUCACCAAGGAGGUGCUCGCGGCGCACACCCAGAAGGAGGAGCAAAGCUUCUUGCAAAAGUUCAAAGAAAUAAGAAAAUUCAGUAUUUUCCAAUCUCACUGCCAUUAUUACUUACAAGAGAGAUCCAAGGGGCAGUUGAGUCAACGAACUGCCUCUGGACUAAGAAAUCCUUCUGGAAUAGAUUCAUCUUGGAAAAAAGCUGGAAAAAGCAGAAAACUGAAGUCCAAACGGGUCAAGCCUCGAGAGUCCUCUGAGAGCACCGGGUCUGGGGGUCCCGUGCCCCACCGGCCGCCACUCUUAGGCCUGAAUGCCACUGCCUGGUCACCCUCAGACACGUCCCAGUCCAGCUGCCCUGCCGUGCCCUUUCCCACUCCUGUGCCAGCUUACUCCCUGCCCAUAUUUCCAGCGGCGGGGACCGUGGCAGCCCCGCCUGUGGCUCCCCACGCCAGCUUCACGAUGCCUACGGUGCCCAUGGACGCCCAGCACCAGUUUGCAGUCCAGCCCCCGCCCUUCCCUGCCCCCUUGGCCCCUGUCAUGGCAUUCGUGCUGCCCAGCUAUUCCUUCCCCCUGGCGCCCCCUAGCCCGCCACAGGCCUUCUUCCCCGGCCAUCCUCACUGCCCAGGCCACCCCACACUUGUGUCCGAGAUGACGCCUGCCUCACAGCCCGAGUUACCAGGCCAGACCUCGAUCCCCAGACAGCCAUACGCUUGUCCGGCCACCCCGGCCACCCCACCAUCAGCGGCGGGCCGAACCUCCCCGCCACUCUUCCAGUCCCGUGGCAGCUCACCCCUGCAGCUCAACCUGCUGCAGCUGGAGGAGGCCCCUGAGAGUGGCACUGGGGCUGUGGGGACAGCAGGAGCCUCAGGGACAGCAGCUUCAGGGCCAGACUGCAAACCUGGCACUUCUCGGGACCGGCAGCCAAAGGUGUCUCCAACUCGCCUUGAGCCCUCAGACGCCCAGAACAGUGACGCCCUGUCCACAUCCAGUGACCUGCUGAACCUCUUACUGAACGACGACCUCUGCUCGGCCUCAGGCUCAGCGCUGUCUGGGAGCGCGGCCUCCGCCGCCUCGGAUUCGCUGGGCUCCAGCUCGCUGGGCCUCGACGCUUCCCGCGGUGGGGCAGGCAGCAGUGACACAAGUCAUACCAGCAAAUAUUUUGGGAGCAUCGACUCUUCAGAGAAUAAUCACAAAGCGAAACUGAGCACAGGCUUGGGAGAAAGUGAGCGCUUCAUCAAGUAUGUCCUGCAGGACCCCAUCUGGCUGCUGAUGGCGGACGCGGACGACAGCAUCAUGAUGACGUACCAGCUGCCUUCCCGAAAUUUAGAAACGGUGUUGAAGGAGGACAGAGAGAAGCUGAAGCUGCUGCAGAAAUUCCAGCCCAGGUUCACGGAGAGCGAGCGGCGGGAGCUGUGCGAGGUGCACCCAUGGAUGCAGACGGGCAGCCUGCCCCCGGCCCUCGGCGUGGCGGAAUGUGUUUACUGUGAAAACGAGGAAAAGGGCAACGUUUGUGUACCAUACGAGGAAGAUAUUCCUUCUCUGGGACAAAGCGAAGCAUCAGACACCAAAGAAGAGGAAAAUGGGCCCCCCUUGAGUCACAAGAAGGAAGAACAGACAUAACCCCACCCCCCGCCUUGACAGCCAGUGAUCUACAUUAGAUGGUGCUUAGAAGAGAGAAGGAUCUUCACUUUUGUUUCUAAUGAAAUGGACACAUAUACCUAUGUUGCUUUUUUGUUUUAGAAAAAAACCCUAGUUUUCUGAAGGAGUGACUUAAAACUGGAGGGUGGAGAAGGUUGGGGAAGAAAUACAAUUUUAUAUUUAAAAUAUAAAUAUGGAGUUCUGUGGGAUGGGGGAAGAGAUUUUGUUAAUAAUCGUUACUUAACUUGAGAAAGACUGCAGCACCUCUGCGUGAGUGUCAGGGAAGCCGCCCGGCUCUCCGAAGUCCUUCACGGGGGAUGAGCCCUGCCAGUGCCCCGCCGCCCACGGCUGCCACAGAGGCCCGGGACGCCGCGCCACGUGGGACCCCAGGCUGAGGACUCUGGCCUUUCAGAGCUUCCCCAGGGUGUGUUUGAUCAGAUCAAAUUCUUGGGGGCUGCUUUCUAUCUAAAUUUUCCUUUAGUCAAGCUAGAUUUUCUCUUUAACGUACCAAGUGGAGAUUACAGCCUCUCUUAAUUUUCUUUCAAAGUGUUUCCCGUUAAAUGGUGAAGCAUAGUUUGGCAAACCAGCAGCUUUGGCUUUAGGCACUGUAGUGGUCAAUAUUUCAGUCCGAUGUCACUUUUGUUUAUGGUGAACAAAGUCGAAACAUUUGCUCUGGACUAAAGGAGCCUGGUGGUUUGUGUGACCAGCUCCGUCAGAUGAACGCACCAGACCCUCUUUGUACAUCGUCUGGCCUCCUCAGACCACGAGCCGGGGCUCACUUGGUGCAGCCUCACAGCUCUGCCAAGAGCAGCAGAACUUUCGGGUCAUUUGGACAGUUGGGGGAAAGUGAGGUCGAUCUGCCUGACUUUUUACAAAGCCUCAUGUCGCAUCAUAUAUCCAAAGGUUGCUUGGAAAAUUUAAUAAUGGUCCCUGGUGUGAAUGCGGAGUUAUUACUGAUGAAACAAUUGACUUAAAAUCGGACCUUGAACGGAAGCAGGGCUGUCCUCUUUCUUUGACGGGAAAUGGCUACAAGAAAGGUGAAAUGUCCUUGUGACCCAGUCGGUUUUCAUAGUGAAACCAUCUUACGCCUGAAUGUUGAUCUUAUUAAAGGAACACCUUAAUUAUUUUUUAAUAUACAAAGUAAUGUCACCUUCAGAUGCCCAAGAUAAGGUUAUAACCUAUUUUUAUGGAAAUUAGAUGUUAGAAACUGCUUUCUGCCUCUGAAGUCAGAUCAUAAGGGGAUAGGCGAUAAUCUAAGGUUACAUUUUUGUUACCUAAACAUAAAACUGCCAAAACGUUCUCACGCUCCUGUUACGAAUGUUUGCCAUCAGCGUUAUUUUAUCAUUUAAUAUAUGCUCUCUGAUUGUUAACUGUAGCUUCAACGUGUGCUGAGAAGUUGACUUAAUAGAGUCAUUUUGUGAUUUUGUUUACAUGGGAGGCGAAGCCUCGAGUCAUUUUCUUUAGUACGUGUGCUUACAUGGGUGUUGAAAACUUUUUCUCUAUUUUAAACUGAGCCUUCUUUUUAAUAUAUUCCUAAAAGGGUAUGUAAAUAAGCUCUCAGAGUUUGCGUCAUGAUUUGUUGAGCCUUGCCGGACAAGUGGUUUGUUUGUGUUCAAACCAAACUUUCUUCACUCAGUGCAAUAUAUUUGUUUGACCGCUUGUGUCUUUUUAUGACCUUUUUGCCUUUUAGAAAACUGGUAAAUAAAGCAAGUAUAUUUUUAUUUUUA